GGAAGUGCCAAGCAGACCUUUAAGAGUGCGUGGCCGACCAUCAUCAGGUGACAGGGCGUUUGUUCGGUUGAGGCCGCCGCAUUCUUCAGGUUCAAGGAGCCUACGUAGAUAUCCAGGUUACCUCUUGGGAUAUGGAGAGAGCAGCAGAAAGAUGAGUUAUAAGCCAUUGCCAAAAGAAGAAAGAAGUCACGAGGUUAAAAGAUUAGAAGAGGAUGAGCUGGAGGAGACAAAAGACAUCGCUGUUCGUGUAAUGUCUUCUCAGUCUGUGCUUGUUACCUGGACAGAUCCCAUCUAUGAGAAACAGAAGAAGCCUGUCUCCUCUAGGCAGUACACUGUCCGUUAUCGAGAGAAAGGGGAAUCAGCGAGGUGGGAUUACAAACAAAUACCCAACAGAAGGGUGUUGGUAGAUAAACUGAUUCCAGACACCAUGUAUGAAUUUGCAGUUCGAAUCUCGCAGGGAGGAAGGGAAGGCAAGUGGAGUGCCUCAGUUUAUCAGAGAACCCCAGAAGCUGCUCCCACUGGUGCUCCAGAAAACCUGAAUGUUUGGCCAAUCAAAGGCAAAACAGCAACUGUUGCUGCUACCUGGGAUGCUCUUCCAGAGAGUGAAGGAAAAGUGAAAGAAUACAUUCUCUCAUACGCCCCCGCUCUCAAGCCCUUCGGAGCAAAGUCCAUUUCCUACCCGGGAGAUACAACAUCCGCCCUAGUGGAAGAUCUGCAGCCUGGGGAGCGCUAUAUUUUCAAAAUUCGCGCCGCAAACAGGAGGGGCCAAGGGCCUCAGUCUAAAGCCUUCAGUGUUGUGAUGCCAGCAACCAAUAUAGGUGAAUCAAAUAUUGAUCAACAAACAAAUAUUGAAGCGGAUUUGGAACCGGAAGCAUCUAAGAAUUCUUCACCUUCUUCCUCUGUUCACACCUCUUCUGCCUCAUCACCGUCCUCUUCCUCUAAGCAAACUAUGGGUCAUUCAUCCACUUUUCUUGGUGGCAGAGAUUCAAAAAGUUCUGCUUCUGACUUAAAGAAUAAACUCCUAGCUGGGAGCAGAGUCCCUACCAAGUCUCAGGUGUCUUCUAGAAAGGGAGCAGAGCUAGAAACCGAUUCUCUCUCCAGAGAAGACACUGCUGACCACAAUCACUCCAAAGAAGCUGCAACAGUGCAGCCACAAAAUCAGGAUGUUAAGAGCAGUGUGAAGCCACACUCCCCAAUUAAACCUCCACACCCUGUCAUUUCCUCAGGUAAAACACCUCAUAGGUCACGCACACCUGUAAGAACAGGGCAGGCAAGCACUGAUAAGCAUCGGGGCAGCUCUAAACUACCUUCUUCCCAUGAAGUCACACUGGAUAUUCUGCCGGUUGAUAAUGAAAGUAAUGAUCAAGUUGACAGUGCAGAGGAAAAACCGAAACCUCCAGAUGUUAAGCAUUCAGUUUCACAUUCAAAUCAGCAGCCAUCUGGAUCUCGGAAGGUAGUUCAGAAUCAUCCCACAAAACCAUUCCUUCCUUCUGUAUCAUCUGCAGCCACAAAUUCUCAAAGUCAUUCAUACCAUCCCUCUUAUAAACUAGUUCCCCCUGAUACCAGUGAUGCUUUUGACGCUGAUAAAAGCAAAGAAACAGAAAAGAGAGAGCAAAGACCAGGUUCUAGGCUCUCUUCUCCUCAGGGCAGUUCAUCUGCAUCUGUGCAAACGAGGCCUCUCCUGCACUCUAACCGCCAUGUGCCACGAGAUCCGAGAGUUUCUGCGGUUGCUGCUGCUGCUACUCAUACUUUACCUCACUCACAUAGCUCAUCUGCUAAACGUAAGGCUGAGGGAAAAGAAGGUUCUGAUGCUAAUAAUGGUGAAAACGAUGAAGGAGAAGAUGAAGAGAACAGAAGAAGGCCAUCUUCUAGAUUCAGUUCUAGGUCCUCUUCAAGUUUGUCUGCAUCUGAACGCUUUAAUUUGUUCAAAUAUAGAUCAGCCCUUACUGCCAACAGAUUUGCCAACAAAGGCAGUAAUAUGUAUGGUACCAGGACUCCACCCCCCAAAAGCCCCUCUACUACACAGUCCUCAAAUGUUCAACCUCAGUCCAGUUUACGUUUGGCAUCAGGCAGUAAUCACAGGUCCAAUUUCAAUAAAGACAAAGAACUGGAGGAUGAAGAUGAAAGUCCUCUGCCUUCAACUCUUCCUGAUGCUUAUUCACCAUCCUUUUCUAAACAAUCUUCUUCAAUGGACUAUACCAAAAGGAGGAGUUCUCUGGCUGAAUCUAAGAAUCAUCACAGAGUUAUACAAGAAAACCAUAGCAAAGAACGGGAAGCUACAGAUACAGAUUCUUCACUUAAAGUUCAACACUCUGAUGCUGUGUCUUCAGUGUCUAACCAAUCUCCUUCAUUAAGCAGAACAAACCAUCAUUCUGGUGUUUCUUCUCAGUUAACAAAUGGCCAUAGUUCAAGGUCCAGAGGCUCAUCUCCAUCUUCUGAUUCUUUAUUAAGGAAAUCCAUGGAAAAGUCAGUUCCUUUACAGCCUCCUGCAUCUAAAUAUCAACCUGACUAUCUUGAGAGUAAAGAUACAUCUCCUAAGUCGAAGCAAGCCUCACCUUUGUCUAAAAAACCAUUAAUGGGAAGGUCUCAUGCUUUAUCCCGUAAAACUCUUCAUCCAGAAACCAGCUAUUCCUCAAAAGCAUCAACUGAUCAGUCGCAACAUUCAAGAAGCCACCUUACACUAUCAUCCCACCAGAGUAAUGAAAAACUAGAAGACAGAGAUUAUGACAGUUUGGAGGGAAACUAUUAUAAAGAGGCAAGUGAUAAAGAGGAACAGAAGGGUUCUUAUUCAAUACCUGCCAAAGAAGUCUCUCCUUCUAGGACAAUAUCUCAGGGAAGGACCAGCUCUCUUUCAAAGCAUUCUGAGUCUCAGACCAGUAAAUCUGGGCAAAGAUCUCCAAGUCAGCGAGAGUCUUUAACCUCCUCCAGAGGUUUAGGUCUGUCACCAGGAAAACAUACUGGGUCAAAGAUUAUUGCAUCUAGUGAAGAUAUACCUGAUGCAUAUAAAUUGCCUGCAUCUCCCCAUCAAUCCAAAUCCAUUCAGCCAGCAUCUACCUCCAACAGAGACAUAGACAAAGAAACUUCUUUAUUUUCAAAAUCAUCCUCAACUUCUCUGAGACAAACUCAUCCUUCAGUGCCCCGUUAUCCAUCUGGCUCCAGAGUCCCUACCAGGACAGCAUCUCAGACAGACAAAAAAUAUGGACUCCUGCAGCCUGCCCCAACAAAAGUUGAACUUUCUCCCAAAAUGUCAUCCUCUAAAACACAUCAGUUGAUAAACAGUGAUGAUGAUUAUGAGGAUUAUGACCAGUCAGAAGUGGAGGAAAAUCCAACAUCUCCAGCAGCAAAGUGGUUAUCUUCUUCGGUUUCUAGGGGCAGUCAAAACCUAAAUAACAAUGUUGCUGGUGAUAAAAGUAAAACACCAAGCCUUGCAUUGCCCCCCAAAGCAAAAUUUGCUGAUGAGGAAGUGUACAAACAAGAUGAGGAGGAGGAACAGGAACAGCCCACUUCUAAAACAUCGAACACUGCAUUGAGUAGAUCUACUGCUUUAACUUCCAGGUCUUCCCAGGCUUCUAACAAACUGAAUACAUUGCCUAAAGUGAACUUGGCUUCACCACGUUCCUCUGGUUCUACUUCUGGAUCUUCUCAUCUUCAUCCCAGUCACUCUGCUUCUCCAACACAUUCUUCAUCCUCAGUGUCCUCCAAUCAACGAACACAAAACUCAAGGUUAUCCAACCCUUCUCAACGACAGCAACUUAGGCUUCCUAACAGGCAAGGAAAUGGUGGCAGACCCAAUCUAACCACAAAACCAGAUCAAAAUAAUAAAGUAGUCCCUGGUACUAACGGAAAGCGAAAUGGACAGAAAAUAAUAAAUGGUCCACAAGGAAUAAAGUGGAUUGUAGAUCUUGACCGAGGGCUGGUGCUGAAUGUUGAAGGAAGGUACCUCCAAGAUUCCCAGGGAAAACCUCUCAGAGUGAAAUUAGGAGGAGAUGGCCGGACUAUUGUUGAUUCCAAAGGAGCUCCUGUCGUAAGCCCAGAUGGUUUGCCGUUGUUUGGGCAUGGGAGAUUUAGCAAACCUGUAGCAAAUGCACAAGAUAAACCAAUCAUCAGCCUAGGAGGGAAGCCACUGAUAGGCCUUGAAAUGGUUAAAAAAACAACCACUCCUUCCACAACAACAACAACAACAACAACAACAACUGUGAGGACAACUACUGCCACUACUACUACCACUCCUGAACCUACCACUCCUGAACCAACAACUACUGAGCCACCAACUGAGAAACCACAGCCUACCUGCCCGCCUGGGACUUACGCAGAGUAUGAUGAGGAAGGGAAUAUUGCAUUAGGAUUUGACGGUCUGCCUGAAUGCAAUUCUGAAGAUACAUUCUCAGGGCUUGAUGCAGAUGUGACGGGAACUACAGAGUCAUAUGUGAUAUAUGAUGGAGAUUAUGAGCUUUUUGAAACCACUUUGGCACCCACAACCACCACAACCACUGCCACGACCACCACCACAGAAGCACUGCCCGAGUUCAGCGUGGUGGGCUCGGAUCCUCUGUUAGAAUAUGACGCUGCGGGAAAGAGGCGUUUCACUGCUCCUUAUGUGACUUAUCUAAACAAAGACCCAGCAGCUCCUUGCUCUUUGACAGAGGCACUAGAACACUUCCAAGUGGAGAGCCUGGCCGAGCUCAUACCCAGUGACCUCAAAGGCAUAGAGAUGCGUCCUCAGAAUGCCCCUCACAAUAUCACCAUAGUAGCUGUGGAAGGCUGCCAUUCCUUUGUGAUUGUCGACUGGGCUAAGCCUACUCAGGGGGAUCUGGUCACAGGAUAUUUAGUUUACAGUGCAUCUUAUGACGACUUCAUCAGGAACAAGUGGUCAACUAAGACUGCAGGAAGCACUAAUUUGCCCAUUGAAAACCUGAAGCCAAAUACAAGGUAUUACUUUAGAGUCCAAGCGAAGAAUCCCUAUGGUUACGGACCUAUAAGCUCCUCAAUCUCCUACAUCACAGAAUCAGAUAAUCCUCUACUUAUUGUCAGACCACCGGGUGGUGAACCAAUCUGGAUCCCAUUCAGUUUUAAAUAUGACCCCACAUAUUCUGAAUGCAGUGGCAAGCAAUAUGUGAAACGGACAUGGUACAGAAAAUUUGUAGGUGUUGUCCUUUGCAAUUCAUUGAGAUACAAGAUUUACCUCAGCGAUGACCUAAGAGAUACAUUUUACAGCAUCGGGGAUAGCUGGGGAAGAGGUGAAGAUCAUUGCCAGUUUGUGGAUUCACACUUGGAUGGAAGAACAGGCCCGCAGUCGUAUGUAGAAGCCCUGCCUCCAAUUCAAGGUUAUUAUCGCCAGUAUCGGCAAGAGCCUGUAUCGUUUGGGCGCAUUGGAUACAUGACGCCUUACUACUAUGUGGGCUGGUAUGAGUGUGGUGUGCCUAUUCCAGGGAAAUGGUAACUGUGCCGAGGUCUUCCUGCAACGAUUCAGCGCAGUCCAGCCAGCAGUGCCUUUUGAAUGACUGUCAUUGGAGGACUCUGAGCAGUUGGUUUGGCAAAGAAAGGAAAAAAACUGAAACACGGAAAGGAUGGAACCAGUGAAGAGUCGACGAUAGACACGGAUGAAACUCCAUGCUGUGUAGACUUUUGUAAACCUAAGUCUAUGGUGCUGCUUGAUUACUCUGCUUUAGAGCGCAGACAGGAUUCGGUUUGGGAGUCCUGCCUUCCUUCUCCUUGCCUCUAAAAGGCAUGGAGAUAUAUCUACAAUGGGUGCUACCUGUGCUCACUGAAACCUCAUAUAUUCGGCUAGCCACGAAAAAUCGGAAUGGUGAUGUAUCUUGCAAGGAAUGACUUAAGCAUGCUUUGCUUGCAUUACGGAAUGCUAACCACUUUCCACUGCUAUUAACGGGAUUCUCUGCUGCCUUCCACUGGCAGAGUCUUAUGCUUCAGAAUGUUGCUAUGCAGUCAUGCCGUGUUACUUAAAUGCCCAUGAGAACUGAUCAAUGUUACUCAAGACUUCUCCUGUGGGUUUGCACAUUGCUGCACGAUAUACCAGGUCACUAUGUAAAUUCAACUUACAAAAAGCAGCCAACAACCACCAGUACUGUAUGCUUGCAGAAGUAUUUCUUAGAACUGAGGUUUUCUUGUUGAUUUAGAUGACUAUGUGUAUGGGAUGGUUUUAUGUAAAAGGUGCUAUUAAUUAACAAGUCUUCUAAAAAAAAAAUCUGUGAAAAAUAUACUAUGCACAAUACAUUAACCAUGUAAAGAACCAGGCUUCUCUUCUUGUGAGCAUUGUUGAACUGUAAUGAUGUUGAUGUUUGUAUAAAAUAGAAGAAUUCAGCACCGG